CUUCUCUCGCUUGAUCUCUUUCGUAAGAAGAGUAGGUCUCUAUUUGUAUCUAUAAAGACCACUCUUCAUUCACCAAUUCUCUUCACCCGAAUAAUAUUCUCUAUAAUUUCCUCUUGCAAUUUCAACAUCCUAAUAUUUUGAUAGUUUCUACUGCAUACCAUUCUACAAUCAUCAAAUAUGGGGAGUGACCAACCAGGAGAACCCCACCUUUAUGACCGAAACAAAGAGUUGAAGGCCUUCGAUGAAACAAAAGCUGGUGUCAAAGGAAUAGUUGAUGCGGGAAUUGAAAAAAUUCCUAGAAUGUUUGUCCGGACACAAGAUGAGUUCACUGAGGACUUGCCAUAUACAGUGGUCAGUGGGGAUCAGUUUCAGCUUCCAGUUGUUGACCUCCAGGACAUUGAUAGUCGACGUAACGAGAUUAUCGAUGAAAUCAGGCGUGCAACGAUGACUUGGGGAUUCUUUCAAUUGGUGAAUCAUGGAAUACCUGUAAGUGUGACCAAUGAAAUGAUCGAAGGAACACGUAGAUUUCACGAGGGGGAUAUAGAGGUGAAGAAACAGUUAUACGUGAGAGACCUCAGCACAAUAGUACAUUAUGAUAGCAACUUUGAUCUUUACCAAUCAAGAUCUGCUAAUUGGAAGGAUACCUUUCGAUGUCGUUUGUUAAAUCCAGAUCCUAUAGAUCCCCAACUAAUUCCUUCUACUUGUCGAGACAUAAUAGUUGAGUACUGGAAGCAUAUUGUGAAUCUAGGAAAUACUCUUGCUGAGUUAUUUUCUGAGGCUCUAGGUCUAAGCAAGGACCACCUUAAAGGCAUGGACUGUACAAAAUACUUGACACUCGCGGCGCACUAUGCUCCAGCAUGCCCUGAGCCUGAACUGACCAUGGGUUCAACGAAGCAUUCAGACCAAAGUUUCUUCACGAUACUUCUCAAUGAUCAUAUUCCUGGACUACAGGUUCUUCAUCAGAAUCACUGGGUCAAUGUCAAACCCAUCCAUGGAGCCUUAACUAUAAACGUUGGCGAUAUAAUGCAGCUCUUAAGCAAUGACAAAUAUAAAAGCUCGCAGCAUAGGGUAGUUGCAAACCAUGUCGGACCAAGAAUAUCAGUAGCGUGCUUUUACAGAGCAAGUGUGGAAAAACCUACACUGCUGUAUCCAAUAAAGGAACUAAUAUCGGAAAGUAAUCCCCCUGUAUACAAAGAAAUAACAUUUGAAGAGUUUGUCAAGUAUUCCCAUUCUAGAAGUCCCGAUGGCGUUUCCACCCUGGACCAUUUUAAGGUUUGAGCACUACUUGGGUGAUGGCAAUGUAUGUGUUUUUCUUCCGACGUUGUCUCUCAUGUAAUGGGAGACGCAAUAAACCUAAGUAAUAUGUAUUUGUUUGAUUGUUUGUAAUUGUUUGAGUUAUGCUUCAUAAAAUAAAAAAGAGUAAUGGUUUGUGUUAAAUA